GGGGACACGUGUGUCAUGUGAACAGACAUGACAAAAACAGCCCUCCUUAAGUUACUUUUAGCGAUAGUGAUCACUUUCAUUUUAAUUUUGCCGGAAUAUUUCAAGACACCAGAAGACCAUCAUUUCCUUAUCUGAUGUUUGUCUUCAGACAAAAAUAGAAGUUAUGUUAAAUUUCAUCUUUGGAAGUUCAGGAAACAUAUUGGAGCUAUCGUGUCUGGAAGUAUGCUUACAACCUAAUCUCACCUAUUCCCUCUCCUCCUUAAAUUUUUCUUAUGUGACUUUUCUGGAGCCAGUAAGGGAAACAGAGACUAUAAUGGGAAUAUUUCUAAAUCACUCCAGCUUUCAAAACUUCACCAGAAUGUGCCAAGACACCACCAGUGAAUUUACAAUGUGCUCCUUAUGUUUGGUUUGUGAGUCCAAAGAAAACACGGAUUUUAUUUCUCAGGAACAGACAUCCCAAGUUCUUAUCAUGAGAGGAUCCAUGGAAGUGAAGACAAAUGAUUUUCACUCAGCGUGUCUGCACUUGAACUUCACGGUGGAGCCUGCGGUUGACCACUUGGAGGAAUAUAACAUCACUUGUACUCUAAAAGCAAACGCUAGAAGUUCAACAAUCAUGGGGGAAGAUCCAACCAUGGAAAAGUCAAUGAACCAUACUUGUAGAAUCAUGAAUUACUCGAAUAAUUGCAUACACAUUUCCUUGCACCUAGAAAUGGAUGUAAAAAAUUUCUAUUGUUCCAUGAAGAUCACUUGGUAUAUUUUAGUAAUAUUAGUUUUUAUAUUUCUGCUUAUCUUCACUAUCCACAAAAUACUUGAAGUCCAUAGGCAAAUGCGGAAGUGGCAGAGUCAUAAAUACAAACCUUCAUCUAUUCUGUUAAGAAGGAGUGAUUCUGAGAAGCUUCGAACAUUGAGUGAGCAAGCUCUUUCAGGUGAGCUCUGGGACAGGCGGACAGAACGCUGCUUAGGAGACUCCAGAGCUUCACACUUCAAUAUGAACUCCAGAUCACAAGGGACCGUGCAGAGGCUGCCUUUGCCUCGGGUCAGGGAAGUGCUUUCCCCAAUCCCAGAGCUUGAAGUUCCUUCCCCAACGCAUCAGCAGGAGCAGUACCUGCGAAGAUCCUUCUGAAGUCCUCUGGAUAACUUGGACCAAGCGCUUUUGAAGAAUACCUACAGUUGUAUUUUGGGAAUGAGUUAACUGGUAGACACACGAGUCCAGCUGAAGAUGCACGACAGGAAACAGCAGGGACGCCGACUGGUUAGCGCAAGCCAGCUCGGGAGCACUCAUUGGACCCCGGAGACCAAGGCAAUGAGAGUGUUUUCCCAGGAGGCCACCAUGAGUCAUGGAAACAAGCUGAUGAAACCCAUGGAAAUAGCAAGAGAACGCCUAUUCUCCUUGUUUAUCCAUCUUCGUGCAGCGUACAAUGGCCCCAAGAUUUUGAUUUGGAGGAAUCAGCAGCAGGGUCAGCAUGAAAAAACCUUUUCUCUCGUCAGCUCACAUUGCAGACUCUGCUUUGCUGGCUCUUCCUGGGCAGAUGGAUUGUUUCUCUUUGGCAAGCUACUCGAGAGGGCCUGGAUGUUUGUUUCCACAUUCGUUUGGAUUUACAAAUCUGCCCUCCUUUUGGCACUGAGAAUGUUAAAAAAUAUCAAAGAUACUGAAAUAAAAUGAAUUUAACUAAAAUGUUAAGUGGAACUUCAAUAUUUAAAUCUAA